AUGGAUUCUCCAAAAGGCCUGCUGAAUGCAUUAUUGCUUCAGCUCCUUCUUCUCCAGAUCUCCACUUCUUUAGACACCAUCAGUUUCAACCAAACCAUCAAAGAUGGCGAGUUUCUGGUCUCGAAAAAUGAUACCUUUGUGCUUGGUUUCUUUAGCCCCGGCACUUCUAGCAACUGGUACGUUGGUAUAUGGUACAAGUUCUCACCAGACUUGGUUGUUUGGGUGGCUAACAGAGACAACCCUGUCAAUGACACCACAGGAGUUCUCACAGUUGGUUCUGAUGGAAAUCUAGUGCUACUUCGAAAUAACAGUCUAGGCCUGCGUCUGUGGUCAACUAGUGUUUCUGUCUCAUCAUCAAGUAACAACACUAUAGCAGCACAGCUACUGGAUUCAGGAAACUUUGUUUUGGUCCAACAAGGAAAUCAGAACGUUUUGUGGCAAAGCUCGGAUCAUCCUACACAUAUUCUUCUGGCAAGUAUGAAACUUGGGUUCGACAGGAAAAAAGGCAUCAAUCGGUUUAUAACUUCUUGGAACUCAAACAAUGACCCGGGGACUGGAAAUUGUUCAUUGAGGAUGGAACCAAAUGGGUCUCCUCAGUUGAUCUUGUACAAAAAUGAGGCAAAGUGGUGGCGGUCGGGUCAAUGGAAUGGGAUUCAGUGGGGUGGCAUACCAGGAAUGACCCGGAACAAUGUGUUCAACAUUAGUUUUAUCAACAAUCAGAACGAGGUUUCUGUGAGAUGGAAAGUUCUUGACCCUUCAAUUUACUCUGUAAUAGUGGUAGAUGGGUCUGGACAGAUACAACAGCUAGUAUGGCAGGGAAAGCAGCACGGCUGGGUUCCAGUUUGGUCAGCACCAAUGGAUGCUUGUGACAGCUAUGGGAAGUGUGGUCCAUUUGGGAAUUGUAAUCCCUACACUGUUAGUGGGUUCAAUUGUACAUGUUUUCCAGGAUAUGAACCCAACUCACCUCAAGAUUGGGAUAUAAGAGACGGAUCAGGUGGGUGCAAGAGGCAGGAGGGGUCAAUAUCAAUGUGUAGAAAUGGCGAAGGGUUUGUGAAGAUGGAUAAUGUGAAGGUUCCAGAUACUUCUGCAAUCAAAUUAGAAACAAGUUGGAGUUUGGAAGCGUGUGAGAAGGAGUGUUUAAGUAACUGCUCGUGCUUGGCGUAUGGGGUUGCAGAUGUGAGGAAUGGUGGGAGUGGAUGCAUGACAUGGUACGGAGAUCUCAUGGAUACUAAGCAGUUUACAGAAGGAGGAGAGGCUUUGUAUGUAAGAGCUGAUGCAAUAGUUUCAGCUCAGUAUACAAAUAAGUCAGGAGGAGAGUCCUCUGCCAACAAUAAGAAACUAGCCAUUAUAUUGGCACUGUCAAUUUCUGUUACCUCAUUUCUCAUCAUUGCUGUUUUAUGUUGGUUUAAGAGAAGGAGAAAUAAAGGGAGAAGAGGACAGCCAAAAUUGCUGCAUGAUAUUGCUUCUGGUUCAAGAAGCCGUGAAGACUUGUCAAAUGAAAAAAAUGUUGAUGAACAAAGAGGAAAGGCAGAUUUACCGGUUUUUGAUCUAAGCACCAUAGUUGAAGCCACAAAGGAGUUCUCUUCUGCUAACAUGCUUGGACAUGGUGGCUUUGGCAUAGUCUAUAAGGGAAAUCUACCUGAUGGACAGGAGAUAGCUGUCAAAAGAUUAUCAAGAAAUUCAGGACAAGGUGUAGAAGAAUUCAAGAAUGAAGUAAGGCUUAUAGCAAAACUACAACAUAGAAAUCUUGUGAGGCUUUUUGGUUGCUGCAUAGAUAAAGAAGAGCGAAUGCUAAUUUAUGAAUACAUGCCAAACCGAAGCUUGGACUUGUUCAUUUUUGAUAAAAACAAAAGGUCAUUGUUGGAUUGGAGAAAGCGAUUUCAAAUUAUUAUUGGGAUUGCUCGGGGAGUCCUAUAUCUUCAUCAAGAUUCAAGACUGAAAAUAAUCCAUAGGGAUCUGAAAGCAAGCAAUGUGCUAUUGGAUUCUUCACUGAACCCAAAAAUAUCAGACUUUGGCAUGGCAAGAAUGUUUGGAGAUGACCAAAUCGAAGCAAAUACAAACAGAGUCGUUGGCACAUAUGGUUACAUGUCACCCGAGUAUGCUAUGGAUGGACUGUACUCAACAAAAUCUGAUGUGUUUAGCUUUGGAGUGUUAGCACUGGAGAUUAUUUGUGGCAAGAAGAACAAUUUCCAAUUCGAAGACUCCUCCCUGAAUUUGGUUGGACAAAUAUGGGACUUGUGGAUAGAAGGAAAAGGCUUGGACAUAGUUGAUUCAUCAUUGGGUCAGUCAUAUCCUACUCAUGAAGCUAUGAGAUGCAUCCAAAUUGGGCUUUUAUGUGUGCAAGAAAAUGCAAUAGAUCGACCAACAAUGUUGGAGGUGGUAUUCAUGCUGGGGAAUGAAACUACUCUACAACGUCCGAAAAAGGCAGCAUUUAGUUUUAAGAAUAAUGCUCCCGAUUCUUCAACAUCUAGAGGAGCUUCUUCUGUAAAUGAUGUAACAGUUACAGUUAUAGAAGCUCGUUGA